AUGCAUAAGUCAUUAGAAAACAGCAACUUUCUGGUAACAUUCACUGAAGUCCCAGUAGGAGACUAUGUAGUUCGACUGCAAGGUGAGGACACCAGCACCACAUCCCGGUCUACCUCAGAUACCUUCCAGAGACAAGCCUCCACCCGCAUCACAACAGCUAGUCUCUCUGUUGCUGCACAAGCUGACAGUAUCAACAUAGAACCAGGCACUCGCAUCAUCAUUCCUUUUACAGUGUCUUCGGAUGUAACUGGGACAUUCACAGUGCAAGUCAGUAAUGACCGCAGCUUUGACUUCACCUCACCUGGAAAUGUCAAUAUUGGUCCAAGCGAUGGAGGCAAAGCCAAUGGGACAAUAACCUUAAGUGUUCCAGCCAGCACUAAAUCAGGAACAGACGUGACCCUCACCAUUCAGGCACAAAACGCUGCUGCCACUGACAUCAACUAUGCUGUCCUCCGAUUUUCUGUGGCUGCCAAGGCCACAGAUUUGUCCAGUCCAGUGUGCCAGGUAGUUAAUAUAUCAGGUAUCUGUAAUGUCUCUUCCAUCCUCUGUGCAUCAUCUCAGUGGGAGUUCAUUGCUAAUCUCACUGACGGCAUCAAUGGGACUGGCAUCGCAAGCAUCACCCUCCGCGAAGGGAAUGGUACCCUUGAUACUAGCACAGCGGUUGGAGCAAGGGGUGAGAAUAUCACACUGGUGACCUACACUGCCUCCUGCUGUUCACAGAAUGUGGUUCUAGCUGCUGUGGACAGGGCAGGAAACGUGGGGACAUGUAUGGGGCAAGCUAGAGUACUUGCCACGCCUGCUACUAUAACUACAACUACCCCAGUACCUGCAACUACUUCUCUGACUACAACUACACCAGUACCUACAACUACCCCAGUACCUGCAACUACUUCUCUGACUACAACUACACCAGUACCUACAACUAUCCCAGUACCUACAACUGCUUCUCUGACUACAACUACACCAGUACCUACAACUACCUCUCUGACUACAACUACACCAGUACCUACAACUACUCCUGUCCCUACAACCACUGCAGUGACUCCCUCGGUGACUACUGCUGCAGCUAACAGAGCAUCCACUAGAGGUCAUACAAUGAAUGUAACACAUUAUGUCUGGAUCAGCAUUGCUUUUUCACUGCUUUUUAAGUAAGGUAUAUAAACAGAAAUUUAACUAGAACUGAAUCAAAAUCAGUUUUAGAAAAGUAAUACUUUUAACUCUUUUUAAAAUAUGAGCCAUUGCAUUUUUGUAAAGGUGUAAUUGAGCAUCUCAUAUUUUUAUUUUUUUAUUUUUGGGGUGAAAAUGGGAACGUGGUAUAAUAACGUACAUUUUGUUUAUUUGUUUUAUCAUUGCCUGCUAAAAAAAGAUCCAAGUAAACAUAUAUAUUGAAUUCACUACAUAAAUUAACAUUAAUAUCCUCUCUUACAUAGUUAUAGUUAAUCUUUUCAUAGAUGAAAUUGUAUAAUAUUUGAUUCAUUUUAACCUGUGCACAUAAAGUAGCAAUUUCUUAGUUUCCAAAGCUGCAUUUCAUUCCCCAGUAUAAUGUAAUAAGCAACUACUAUCUGCUAAGGGAAUGAUGAUUUAGACAACUUUUAGAAACAAAACUCCAUUUGGAACAUCCUGAAAUGCCACCAGUCAAGACAUCACUUCCGAAUGAGACAGCUUGGAUGCCUUUUGAUGCUACUGUGGAAGAUUUACA